UAAAUAUCAAUCGAGAGAGAAAAAAUUGUUUAGAGAGAGAGAGAGAUCUUCGAGCCAGCGACACAGUAUUGUUAAUCGAUCGUCGCCGAGAAAAGACGUAAGCAAUGUCUAACGAGCACAAGAAAAGACUCGAGUCAAGGUUAGAGUGGGAAGGUUUCAUCGAGACGAAGAUCAAAAGUGAUGGAAAUUGCCAGUUUAGCUCCUUAGCUGAUCAGCUCUUCAGGUGCCCCGAGUAUCAUGAGAAAGUUCGAGAAAGAAUAGUUAAACAGCUUAAAACUUGUCCAAAAAUUUAUAGAGAGUUUGUUGAGAUGGACUCGAGUAAAAAAAGAGCAAACGAUCUUCCCAAAGACUACUCCGAGUAUGUCAAGAACAUGUCCAAAAGCGGCGUGUGGGGUGAUAGCGUUACGUUGCAGGCUGCUGCUGAUACGUUUGGGGUGAAGAUAGUAGUCAUUACGUCAGAGAAAGAAGUACCUUCCAUGGAGAUUGUUCCCAAGUCUUUGACGCUCGAGAGAGUUGUUUACUUGAGCCAUUUGGUUGGGGUCCAUUACAACUCCAUCUACUUAAAAGGUUCAGAGACAGAUAUUGCUCCCAUGGAGCUUCCGGGGAAGAGUAAGAAUAAGAGUGAGAAUGACAAGGAGACACAAGGGAGGAAUGAGAAUGACAAGCACAAGCACAACGAGAAGAAGAAGAAUGACAGAAGCAAAGGUAAGAAGAAAUAGCAACAUGGAGGAGGUCUAUUAGUACUACCACUACCAGAUACCUUACUAUUCCCCUGAGUUGUUUCAAACGCAAAUAUCUACAUUUGUGCUUGUUGUUUCAUUUGGGAAACAUAUAUGCUAAGAAGUUAGAGCCUAACUUUGUUGCUUUGACAGUUGAGAGCAUAAUAAACUUUGUCAUCUUCAAAAGCCAAUUUAUUGGAACCUUAAAGAAACAAAUAGCUUGAAUGAUCCAUCAUUAUUCAUUA